AGGCAUUCUUGGUGUUUGCUUCUGGUGCUGUGGGAGGGCCAAUCUUCGACCGCUAUGGCGCAUGGGUGAGUGAAGCUCAAGGCAUAGGCGUAUUGGAAUCGUAAUUGAGAGGAUCCUAACCUUGACUAGGUCAUUCGUCCCGCCGCGAUUGUAUACAUAUUCUCAGUCAUGAUGACGAGCUUAUGCAACGAGUAUUGGCAAUUCAUGCUCGCUCAAGGUGUGCUCAGCGGCAUAUCAAACGGGUUGAUCAUGUUUCCAGCAAUGGCGGCCACGCCUCAAUAUUUCAAGAGGAGAAGAGGAGCAGCCAUGGGUCUCGCCAUCGCCGGCUCCUCGCUGGGUGCAGUCGUGUUUCCCAUCGUUCUCUCAGAGCUGCUGGACACGCUGGGAUUCGGAUGGGCCGUUCGCAUAUGCGGCUUCAUCAUGAUGCCGUUUCUCUUGUACUCGUCCGUCGCCGUCAGGGCUCGUCUUCCCCCGCGACGGAGCCAAUUUUUCAUCUGGAAAGCUUUCCAACAGCCACUGUUUCUGUGUCUCACUGGUGGUGUGUGCCUCAUGUUUGUGGGCAUGUUCAUCCCCUUCUUUUACUUGCCGACGUUUGGUAUUGAUCACGGCUUGACCCCGUCGCUAGCGUCCUAUUUGGUGGCCGUCAUUAACGGUGCCUCGAUCCCUGGCCGCAUCAUACCCGGCGUCUUGGGCGACAAAUUCGGUCGCAUUAACAUCUUAUUCACUGCGGGAUUAUUGACCGCCAUCUCGAUUCUCUGCUGGCCCAAGGCAGUGACUGAAGCUGGAAUCAUUGGCUUUGCCGCAGCGUAUGGUCUCACUUCUGGCGCCAUCAUCUCAGGAGGGUCCGUGGUCUUCACCCUCUGCCCAAAGACGCCGAAGGAUAUCGGUACCUACAUGGGAAUGGGCAUCGCAUUCGCAUCAAUUGCUGUAUUGAUUGGGCCGCCUGUCAGCGGUGCGUUGCUCAAUCGGUACCACGGUUAUGACCAGAUUUCCAUUUUUGGCGGCGUCGUUUGCAUGUUCGGGGCGGUUCUGACGCUUUGCGCAAAGCUGUUUACGACUGAGGGUCUUUUAGGAUUUGUCUGAGAAGAAGCUUGAAUGACGGCUAGUCAGCCUUAGUAUUCAGAAAGCUGAGAGGCGGCAUAACGGUUAUUGAGAGAGGGAAUUACUGCUAUCGUGGCCUACCUACG